GUACGAACAUGAGGGUUGUUUCGAUCGCAGUUUUUGCGGCAAUGCUUGCUAGCGCUUUCGGCAUCGACGCCAAUGUUGACAAUGCAAUGGACAACCGCGUCUUGCAAGCUGCAAGCGAUGUACCGAGCGAUAUGCCGAGCGAUAUGCCGUCAGACAUUCCGAGCCUCGGAGGGCCGACUAUGCAACCAUCUAUGACUACCAGCUCGCUUCCCACAAUCAUUGGUGAUCGGGGUGGUGUAACGAGCUCGAGUAGCCCUCUGCUUUCCGCAUGUAUCGCUGUUCCUGCUAUGGCAAUGGCCUGGCAGCUUUAUCAGUAGAGAAUCGGAAGUUAAAUAGAGACCUGGUUCGUGCCCUACAAACGUAACCUGAGUCUACUAUUCCGUCAAAGUCUCUGUUGUGUGGAAAACCUCGCCAGAGUAUUUAGUUGUUAACCGAAGUAUUAAGUCAGUUUGAUC